AAGGUAAACUGUGGUCAUAAAGCACAGAAUAAUAGGCGUAACAAACGUUUAUAGAUAUUUGUGCCCUGGAUUACAUUUCCUAGACGUAUACACAAAAACAGCGAAACGUACCAGAUAGUAAAUAUGUGAUUGUGACAUUUUUUGGAGGACAGUGACUGUUAAAAUACACAGUUCUUACUACAUUUUCUUUUACUGGAUUAUUUUUAUAGGUUAGGUUAGGAGAUUUUUGAAAAUGACCACAUUGAGGCCAUUUACGUGUAAUGAUAUGUUCAAAUUUAAUAAUGUGUCAAAUUUCUCGGGUCUUCCUUAACAAAAGCCAAGUAUGGACUAUCCUUUUACAUGCAAUAUCUUGCUCACUGGCCAGAAUACUUCCAAGUUGCAGAGUCACCAAGUGGAGAAAUUAUGGGAUAUAUAAUGGGCAAGGCAGAGGGCCAUGGUGAAAACUGGCAUGGUCAUGUUACAGCUCUUACUGUGUCCCCAGAAUUCAGACGUUUGGGUCUUGCUGCAACAUUAAUGGCAUCGCUUGAAGAUGUUUCAGAAAAAAAACGAGCCUACUUUGUGGAUCUGUUUGUCCGUGUAUCUAACCAAGUAGCGAUCAACAUGUACAAGCGUCUUGGUUACAUAGUGUACCGAACAGUAUUAGAAUAUUAUUCUGGAGAUCCAGAUGAAGAUGCUUUUGAUAUGAGGAAAGCUUUGUCGAGAGACGUAAAAAAGAAAUCGGUGAUCCCAGUCUUGCAUCCUGUGAGACCUGAAGAAGUUGAUUAAGAUACUAUUUCUGUACACACACAUUUCAUAUACUCCAUAAAGAAGUAUCAAGGUUAUCAACUGAAAACACUGACAAGUUCUUCAAAGUUAAUUUAUGCAAAAUAGUUCUAAUUUCCCUGUAAGGAAAUGCAUGCCUUUAAAUGACUGGCUACAUCUCAUGUAGUUUGUAAUGUGAUGGAACAGAAAUUCACAAUCACAUAUUUUAAUCCAUGAAUGAAGUAUAUCAUUUUGUAGCAAUUUAUGUAUAAUAUAUAAGGAAGAUUUAGUAUGGCUAUAUCAAGCAUUUUUAAUUGAAGAGUAAAAUAACGUCUAACUCUUUUCAGAUAGUAAAUACAGGAGAAAUAAGUAAUGACUGUAUUAUUAGUGUUACCUGUAAUGUGAUUAGUUUUCCAAGAUAAUAAAUGAAUAUCAAAGCUAA